CAAACCAUUUCAGUUGAAUCAAGUGUCUUCGAUUGUGAGGAUAUGAUGAAGUUCUACGUGUUGCUGCUAACCGUUUUGUAUUGUCUGUUCGUGUCACAUGCCUUUGAUCCCGUGCCGCCAAUGAAAUGCGACCGAGUCAACGAAGUGUACAGCGACAAUAUAAGUCCUUGCGGAAAUUUGUGCGAGAAUUACGGCCAACGAUGUACAAUCGUCAAUAAGAUGGCUAUCACCGGAUGCGAUUGCGUUAAGGGCUAUGCAAGACUUGGUGAACAGGGUCGAUGUGUCCAGAUUGACAGUGCACAAUGUGUGCUGCGAUAUCCAGCAUCGAAAGAGAAUUGUGCAUUGCGGCCCAACGAAGAGUACGUUGAGGGUACGUACGAUUGUCAAACACUUUGCGAAACAACGUUAACCGGUCCGUGUCAGUUGCUGUCGUUGCUACCGAUCAACGACUGUUUCUGUAAGAGAGGAUAUGCUCGCAUUGAAGGCGGUGGGCCUUGUGUUCCGAUUUGUUCGAGAAAAUGUCUGCAGAAAGUUAGGUAUCCACGAUCGUGCGCAGAAUAGUGAAAUUUUAGGAUUGUAGUGUGAGGUGGUAAUGUUGUUCACAGAGAGUAUAACCAGAUGGCGUUGCUAUUGAUGAGGAUAACGCCAUCUGUUAUCAUUCCUUUGAAUUGACACAAUAAAACUAUCAGCAC